UGCAAGCAUCCUAAAAAACUGCCACUGUCAUACAACCAGGAAGAAGGUGGGAUAGCCCUAACAAAGCUAACAUCCCAAAUCCGUGUAAACUUUCCCAGAAAAUGAUGGGGUCUUCCAGAUGGAAGAUUGCAGUGAUGGUCUUUGUCUCUAUUGCGGGGCUAUUAAUGCCGGUCGAAUCUGAUGAACACGAACACACGUACAUAGAUAAAGAAGAGGUGGUUCUAUGGAUGAAUACAGUGGGGCCUUACCAUAACAGACAAGAGACAUACAAGUAUUUCUCCCUACCCUUCUGUGUGGGCACUAAAAAAACCAUUAGCCAUUACCAUGAAACACUCGGAGAGGCGCUGCAGGGAGUGGAGUUGGAAUUCAGUGGGUUAGACAUCAAAUUCAAAGAUGAAGUCAUGCAAACCACAUACUGUGAAAUUGAGCUGGACAGAGAGAAACGGGAUGCUUUUGUGUAUGCUAUCAAGAACCAUUACUGGUACCAAAUGUACAUUGAUGACCUACCUAUUUGGGGAAUUGUCGGAGAGGCAGAUGAAAAUGGAGAAGACCAUUACUUGUGGACUUACAAGAAACUGGAGAUUGGCUUCAAUGGAAAUAGAAUUGUUGAUGUCAACUUGACCAGUGAGGGCAAAGUCAAGCUUGUUCCAAACACAAGAAUUGCUAUGUCUUAUUCUGUGAAGUGGAAGAAGUCAGACGUGAAGUUUGAGGACCGGUUUGACAAAUACCUUGAUCCAUCCUUUUUCCAGCACAGAAUUCACUGGUUUUCCAUCUUCAACUCCUUCAUGAUGGUGAUUUUCUUGGUGGGCCUGGUAUCCAUGAUCCUGAUGAGAACGCUCAGGAAAGACUAUGCCAGAUACAGCAAGGAGGAGGAGAUGGAUGACAUGGACCGGGACUUAGGAGAUGAGUAUGGGUGGAAGCAGGUCCAUGGAGAUGUGUUCAGACCCUCCAGCCACCCCAUGAUCUUCUCCUCCCUCAUUGGCUCCGGCUGCCAGAUCUUCUCCGUCUCCUUCAUCGUCAUCCUCGUGGCCAUGAUUGAGGAUCUGUACACAGAGAGAGGAUCCAUGCUGAGCACAGCCAUAUUUGUCUAUGCCGCCACCUCUCCAGUGAAUGGAUACUUUGGUGGAAGUUUGUAUGCAAAACAAGGAGGCAGGCGAUGGAUUAAACAGAUGUUUAUUGGAGCCUUCCUGAUCCCAGCCAUGGUGUGUGGGACAGCCUUCUUCAUCAACUUCAUUGCCAUCUACUACCAUGCCUCCCGAGCCAUCCCCUUUGGUACUAUGAUUGCUGUUUGCUGCAUCUGCUUCUUUGUAAUUCUGCCACUAAACCUUGUGGGAACCAUUCUGGGAAGAAAUUUGUCGGGCCAGCCUAACUUUCCCUGUCGAGUUAAUGCUGUGCCCAGACCGAUCCCAGAGAAGAAAUGGUUCAUGGAGCCGGCUGUCAUUGUCUGCCUUGGAGGAAUCCUCCCAUUCGGUUCCAUUUUCAUUGAAAUGUACUUCAUCUUCACCUCAUUCUGGGCCUACAAGAUUUACUAUGUGUACGGGUUCAUGAUGCUGGUCCUGGUGAUCCUGUGCAUCGUGACUGUGUGUGUAACCAUUGUCUGCACAUACUUUCUCCUCAAUGCUGAAGACUACAGGUGGCAAUGGACAAGUUUCCUCUCUGCUGCAUCCACUGCUGUUUAUGUUUACAUGUACUCCUUUUACUACUACUUCUUCAAAACUAAGAUGUAUGGUCUGUUCCAGACAUCCUUCUACUUUGGCUACAUGGCUGUGUUCAGCACUUCCCUGGGAAUCAUGUGUGGGGCUGUUGGGUAUAUGGGAACAAGUGCCUUUGUGAGGAAGAUCUACACAAAUGUGAAAAUUGACUAAGAAGCAAGUUACCACAGAGAUCCAUGGAUCAGCCUAAGAGCUUUUCCCAACUGAAGCCGAGGGCACAAGUAAUUUUUUUGUUUGCAGGAAGAGAUUGUGCUAUCUCACUUUGUAAAAAUGUAGUUUUCCAUUUUCUGAAUGAAUUUCAAUGUUGCAAAAUGAAAUCCACCUUGAUAAACAAGAGUACAUUUGCAGACAAUACAUUAACUUUGGUUCUGUUUUUAUCAACUUCUUUCAAACAAUAUUGUGGAGAAAAUGUAACAUGGCUUCUUAAAUCUUUCAAACUCAGUCCCACCCAACACCGAGAACACAGAUCUUUAUUGAUGGUAUAGUCUAGCUCUCUUCAGUGAAGAGGCCGAAGUGUAUAGAAAGCCUUUGUUCUAUUGUAUUAGAAUAUUGGAAAGGUGGGUUUGUGUCCACGCUCUGAUUUGAUUCUAUUUUGUAUUACGGAGUCACUCAGAGUUCCGUGUUGUUCAUGUAUGUUGGUCUCCACAUACAGCUACACCUAUUCAUAAAAUGUUCAUCCAUGGUAAAUCUGGAUGUUACCUGCAGAGUAGACACUAUUUCCAUAUACUGACAAUUAUAUCUUAGUUCCCAAAUACAGUAGUGGACAUCCAUCCCACCUAAGGACAAAUAUUUUAGCUCUGUUGUAGUUAACUGUACAAAUAAAAAGAAGUAAACCAGUAAAAACAGGAUCAAUGCUUUUGAGGUACAGUUUAAAUGACAGAUUGUUUUAAAUGGAUGUUUGAUGUGAUCCAAUCCCUGUUUAGUCUUAUGUUUUCUUAAUGUUUGGGUUUGAAUGAAGUCUACUUGUAAAGAUAAUAUAUGGAUAGGGGGAAAUGUGUAUAUAACCUUAAUAAUGUACCUUUUAGAUGUAGAUCCCAAAUGUAUUUUGGUUGUACAGAUUUACUACAGGGUGUUUUUUUUAAUGAAUCAUUCAGUUAUAAACAAAAAAGAUUUUGGUUUGGUGCGUUGGGGAUGGGGCGGGUGGCACUCUUUCAUCUUGCCUGAACUUGCAUGAACCUCUCAUUAAAUUGUAUUUUCUUUGCCAGUUAUAGUUUAGUUUUUUUUUUUAUUCCCCUGGUGCGUGCAUCUCUUGUGCUCUAGCAGGUUCAGAAAUUAAAGGCAAGUUUUGUUGACUUUGCUCUGCUUGCAGAAGAGGUGUAUUGACACUUCUGUCAUUUUGGUUAUGUAUUUUAUUUAAAGCUUUAAAAGGCUUUCCAUUUUUGGUCAGCUGUUUUCUCAUCUUUUGUUACCAUAAACUGAAACAUUAUUGUGAAUGUCAGAUGGAAUGAGGCAGUUGCUGAAUUUCUGCAAACAUACUGUACAAAAUUAAAUUUAUGUACACUUAACUAGAUGUUUUCAUAGCUACAUACAGUGCUGCAGAGUGUUAAAAGCUUUUUUCCAUUUUGUUGUGUAAAUACAGUAUGUUCCUUGUAUGAGAAGUGGCAAUGCCUUUUUUUCUAAUUUCAAUUUUUCCCCUCACUGAAGUUGAUUUUGGCACCUCCCAUGUACCGUAUGUCUGGCAUUUUGAACCUGCAUAUUAACUUGCUGUAAAAAAUAAACAAAAUAAACUUGUUUAUGUACA